AUGGAGAGUGACCUGGGAGAGAUGAACACCAACCUCGAUGGUCCCCUAAGCCCAAGGAUCCUGACUGGGUUGGGAAUGGCUUGUCUUCUUAGCCCAAAGUACCGACACUCUGGGCCUGGCCUCACAAGUCCUCAGGAGUACAACCAGUGGCUGCCAAACCGUCAUGACGCCAGCCUGCUGCCCAUGAAGGAAGACCUGGCUUUCUGGCUCAACACACUCAUGGGUGUGGACCUCACAGCUGAUAGUCUGAUGGAGAGGCUGGAUAACGGCAUUCUCCUCUGUCAGCUGGCACAGCUGCUGCAGGAGAAAAUGAUCCAUACCAGCAAUGGCAAGCCCUUCACGAGGAGAGUGAUCCACUGGCGAGCAGAUGCAACCUCAGGAUCAUUUUUUGCCCGAGACAACACAGCCAACUUUAUCUACUGGUGCAGAAAGAUCGGCGUUGAUGAGGCUUAUCUCUUUGAGUCUGAGGAUUUGGUCCUCCACAAGCAGCCUCGGGAGGUGUGUUUGUGUCUGUUGGAGCUGGGACGGAUUGCAGCCAGAUAUGGAAUUGAACCUCCAGGAUUGGUGAAGUUGGAGAGAGAGAUAGAGAGGGAGGAGGCUGGUUGUCUGUCUCCAUCAUCCCCUCUGCCCUUUUCCUUUUUACCUCCCACAUCAUUUUAUUCACCAUCACAGUCAUCCCUGCCUGAAGCCCCCUCUCCACCUCCACUUUCUCCUCCUCUGCCUCCACCUGCGCCCCUCACUUCAAGCACAACCUGUGUGUCUGAAACCCUCGCUGCCUCUGUCGUCUCUGAUCUUCCAUCAGCCACAACAAACCCGGCACCUCCAUGCUUACCCCCUCUUCUGUCCUCUAACCCGUGUACAUCCACAGCCUCAACACAAACACCUUUGUUCUCCUCAUCAUGCUCCAACAAAACAUCUGCUCAAACUUCAUUGUCAUCAGUGCCACCAGGCCAAACUCAAAACCAUCACACUCCAACAGGUGUACCUCCCAUCACUCCCCCUCCUGCAGCCUUGACUCCACGCUUCUCCAGCAAAUCCAUGAGCAGGAAGAGCACAGGCACCUCCAACAUUCUGGAUGAUAUUGUGAGAAACAUUAUUGAGAAUUCUCCCUGCAGCUGUCCAACCAAGUUUCCUGUUCAGAAACAACCUAAAGGCUGCUAUCGUGUUGGGGAUAAAGUUCUGUAUAUACGGAUGCUGAACGAGCGUCAUGUGAUGGUGCGUAUAGGCGGAGGCUGGGAGACAUUCAUCAGUUACCUGCACAAACAUGACCCCUGCAGAGGAGGAGGAGCAGCUGGAGGCAGAUCUGAGGUCAGGGUCUGCAGGGACAAAGUAAAAUCGCCCAGUUCGAGCAUGUCACCUGACAGCUACAUGGUGAUGGGUGCUCAUUACCGCAGCAAGAAGUAG